GCGGAGCAUGGUAACUUCUCCAGCAAUCAGAGCGCUCCCCCUCACAUCAGUGGCAUGCUUCAUGGAGAUAUGCUCCUCUCACUGCCCUCUACACCAGCAACAUGGAUUGUCACCUCUCCAUCCUCCUCUGUCUCAGCUGCUCCCUUCUCCACUGCUUCGGGGAACUGACUCUCCAGCCUUCCAAUGAAGUCAAUCUACUAGAUUCCAAGACAAUUCAAGGGGAACUAGGCUGGAUCUCUUAUCCAUCACAUGGGUGGGAAGAAAUAAGUGGUGUUGAUGAACAUUACACACCCAUCAGGACUUACCAGGUGUGUAAUGUUAUGGAUCACAGCCAAAAUAAUUGGCUGAGAACGAACUGGGUGCCCAGAAACUCAGCUCAGAAGAUAUAUGUGGAGCUCAAGUUCACUCUACGGGACUGCAAUAGUAUACCAUUGGUUUUGGGAACUUGUAAGGAAACUUUCAACCUAUACUACAUGGAGUCUGAUGAUGACCAUGGGGUUAAAUUCCGAGAGCAUCAGUUUGUCAAGAUUGAUACCAUUGCAGCUGAUGAAAGUUUUACUCAAAUGGACCUUGGAGACCGCAUUCUAAAACUCAAUACUGAGAUUAGAGAAGUAGGUCCUGUCAACAAAAAGGGAUUUUAUUUGGCUUUUCAAGAUGUUGGUGCUUGUGUUGCCUUGGUGUCUGUGAGAGUGUACUUCAAAAAGUGUCCAUUCACGGUGAAGAAUCUGGCUAUGUUUCCAGACACAGUACCCAUGGAUUCUCAAUCUCUGGUGGAGGUGAGAGGUUCUUGUGUGAACAAUUCCAAGGAAGAAGAUCCUCCUAGGAUGUACUGCAGUACAGAAGGUGAAUGGCUUGUACCCAUUGGCAAGUGCUCAUGUAAUGCGGGUUAUGAAGAAAGAGGAUUUAUGUGUCAAGCUUGUCGACCAGGCUUCUACAAGGCUUCAGAUGGUAAUAUGAAAUGUGCCAAAUGCCCACCUCACAGUUCUACUUAUGAAGAUGGUUCAGUCAACUGCAGGUGUGAGAAUAAUUACUUCCGAGCAGACAAAGACCCUCCAUCCAUGGCUUGUACCCGACCUCCAUCUGCACCAAGAAACGUUAUCUCUAAUAUAAAUGAGACCUCGGUUAUCCUGGACUGGAGUUGGCCCCUGGACACAGGAGGCCGGAAAGAUGUUACCUUCAACAUCAUAUGUAAAAAAUGUGGGUGGAAUGUAAAACAGUGUGAACCAUGCAGCCCAAAUGUCCGCUUCCUCCCUCGACAGUUUGGACUCACCAACACCACGGUGACAGUGACAGACCUCCUGGCACACACUAACUACACCUUUGAGAUUGAUGCCAUUAAUGGGGUGUCUGAGCUAAGCUCUCCACCGAGACAAUUUGCUGCUGUCAGCAUCACCACUAACCAGGCUGCUCCAUCACCAGUCAUGACAAUUAAGAAGGAUCGAACAUCCAGAAACAGUAUCUCUUUAUCCUGGCAAGAACCGGAACACCCUAAUGGGAUUAUAUUGGACUACGAGGUCAAGUACUAUGAAAAGCAGGAGCAAGAGACAAGUUAUACCAUCCUGAGAGCAAGAAGUACUAAUGUUACCAUCAGUAGCCUCAAACCCGAUACCACAUACGUAUUCCAAAUUCGAGCUCGAACAGCAGCUGGAUAUGGGACCAACAGUCGCAAGUUUGAGUUUGAAACUAGCCCAGACUCUUUCUCCAUCUCCGGUGAAAACAGCCAAGUGGUAAUGAUAGCCAUUUCAGCGGCAGUAGCAAUAAUUCUCCUCACAGUUGUAACUUACGUUUUGAUUGGGAGGUUCUGUGGCUACAACAAGUCAAAACAUGGUGCAGAUGAUAAAAGACUUCAUUUUGGGAAUGGCCAUUUAAAACUUCCAGGUCUCAGGACUUAUGUUGAUCCACAUACCUAUGAAGAUCCUACCCAAGCGGUUCAUGAGUUUGCUAAGGAGUUGGAUGCCACCAGCAUAUCCAUUGAUAAAGUUGUUGGAGCAGGUGAAUUUGGAGAGGUAUGUAGUGGUCGCUUAAAGCUUCCCUCAAAAAAAGAGAUUUCAGUGGCCAUCAAGACCCUAAAAGUGGGCUACACGGACAAGCAGAGGAGAGACUUCCUGGGAGAAGCCAGCAUUAUGGGACAGUUUGACCAUCCUAACAUCAUUCGACUAGAAGGAGUUGUGACUAAAAGUAAACCAGUGAUGAUUGUCACAGAGUACAUGGAAAAUGGUUCUUUGGACAGUUUCUUACGUAAACAUGACGCCCAGUUUACAGUCAUCCAGCUUGUAGGAAUGCUUCGAGGGAUAGCAUCUGGCAUGAAGUACCUCUCUGAUAUGGGCUAUGUUCAUCGGGACCUCGCAGCGAGGAACAUCUUAAUCAACAGUAAUUUGGUGUGUAAGGUUUCUGAUUUUGGACUUUCACGUGUUUUAGAAGAUGAUCCAGAAGCUGCUUACACGACAAGAGGAGGGAAGAUUCCAAUCCGAUGGACAUCACCAGAAGCUAUAGCCUACCGCAAGUUCACGUCUGCCAGCGACGUAUGGAGUUAUGGCAUUGUUCUAUGGGAGGUGAUGUCCUAUGGAGAGAGACCAUACUGGGAAAUGUCCAAUCAGGAUGUCAUUAAAGCUGUGGAUGAGGGCUAUCGACUGCCACCCCCCAUGGACUGCCCAGCUGCGUUGUAUCAGCUGAUGUUGGACUGUUGGCAGAAGGACAGAAACAACAGACCCAAGUUUGAGCAGAUUGUCAGCAUUCUGGACAAGCUUAUUCGGAACCCAGGCAGUCUGAAGAUCAUCACCAGUGCAGCAGCAAGACCAUCAAAUCUUCUUCUGGACCAAAGCAACAUUGACAUAACUUCCUUCCACACAACAGGUGACUGGCUUAACGGUGUCCGGACAGCACAGUGCAAGGACAUCUUCACAGGUGUGGAAUACAGCUCAUGUGACACCAUCGCAAAGAUUUCCACAGAUGACAUGAAAAAAGUUGGUGUCACUGUGGUAGGACCACAGAAGAAGAUCAUCAGUAGUAUUAAAGAUCUAGAAACACAAUCAAAGAAUGGUCCUGUUCCGGUGUAAAGUGCUAUUUCUGGAAGGAAAUGGUGACUUUGGAAGUUGUGGCAUCACUCUGCAUAUAAAAGAUUGUGCUGGAGAUUCUGCUGAAAGUUCCAAGCCCAAUAAGACACUCAACUAUGAGUAAAAAUGCCUUAAAAUGGAAUUUAAAAACUCUUUAUUUUCCCCUGUUAUUUAGCAGAUGGGUGGGUGGGUGUACUUUGUUUUGUGAUUGCUUUUUAAAAUUAGUUUAUGUAUUAAAUUGAAAUUCUUCAGCGUGAAAUGAUGAAGAACUAGCAUAGAGCCAUUGAUCAUAAACUAUUAAAACAAGUGACAUGACAAACAUGGUCACUCUGUUUACUUGUACUCACAGAAGAAUACUUGCAAUAUUUUUAUACACAAAAGAACUCUGUAACAGGUAUUUUGUUUCCUUAAAAGCAAGCAAAAUAGAGGAAGUUAUACCUCAAACUAUUUGGCCAUAUUUACUACCUUUUCAUUGUAUUAUUCUCCAUUAUAUGUUAAAAGCAUAUAGAAAUAAAGUUUUUAGUUGUUUUAAGUACCAUACAUUUUAAUGGUUAGCUUUCUGAACUAUUAUCAUGUAAAAAUAUGUCUUAAUUUGGAAGAAAAAUAUUUAUUUUCUUUUGAAUUGUUUUAUUGAUUUAUAUUUAUACCUUGAUGAUUAAUUUGGAUUUGUUACAGCCAAGUGCCAAAUGCUCUCUCAAAUUUUCAGCAGUAGGAAACAUGGUAAACUAGACAUAGAGAAUGAUGGGUUUCUUUUCAUAUUUUCUGAACCAUUCACUUAUAUACAUCUCUAUCUGUCUAACUAUAUAUAAAGAAACCAAACCUUGUCCUCCAUAUACUAACCAAAUCUCUUAAACUAUCCAUCUGUUUGUCUCUCCAUUUAUUGUAAACUUGUAUGCUCCUAAUUUAGUGUAAUAUACUGAUUUGUAUGUAAUGGAUUCUCAAAUGACAUAGUGGCCCAGCCUUGGUGCUUAGGAGAAUAUCAACUUCCUCCACUGAUGAAUUAGCUAUGAUCAAACACCUGAAUGGACAAUAGUUACACUGGAAAGAAAUGGAAAUUGGAAUCCCUUUUAGAUUGUUAUAUUAAAUGGCACCACAGCCUAUGGGCUAAUGCAUGAGUCAAAAAUCACUUGCUAGCUGGUUUUAAAAAUGUCACAUAAUGUCUGUGCUUCAAUUAUUCAGCUUUUUAUAGAGAAUAAUAAUAACCAAAACUACUCUCCUUCAUCAUUGGGAUUUAGUUAAACUAAUGAUUAUGUUAUCAAACCAGGUUAACUCUGAGUCUUCCAUUAAAAUACACCUAUUCAGUUUAGGUGUAAAUUUAGAAGCAUUGAAUGUCUAUAUAUAUUUAUUGAAUACAUAAUUUUUAAAAUAGCUAGUCAUUUAGAAAAUUUCUCAACACCUGUAGGCAGUGGGAUGAUUUCUUAAUAGGAGCAUAAACAUAAUAUUCCAUAAAAUUGAAAUACGAAUAUAUUCAGUAAUUUUGAGAAAAUAUACCAGAAGGAAAUCUAGUCACUAAUAUAUUGUGAAGCAACAUUUUAGUUCUAUAUAUGUAUUAUUUCUAAUGCUGUUAUCAUCCUAUAUUAUUAUGUUUUGAAAAUAAGAAAUGCAUAUCCCACAGAAAAGAAUGAAUGAAUAAAUCAAUGCUGCAAAUUUUUUGUUUUUACAAAAAAUGAAACACCACUUCUUACAAACAAAGAUCAAAAUUCACAAGUGUGAAUGUAUUGUAAGUUUAGGUAAUAAGGUUCAGGUUAUUCAUUCACAUAUGAGAUUAUUUCUCCAAGUUGGGGAAAAUCUUUUAUAUCCAAAUGGGUCAUCGUAUAAGAAUACUGUAUUGGAUGUAUAAGGAAAUAAUUUUUUAAAAAAUAAAGCAAUUAUGAAAUCAAUACAAAAUUCACUUAAGCCUGCUAAAACCACUAUAAAACAUUUUUAAUGAGACAUUUUAUCUAUUAGAAUGUUAAAUUGAGAUUUGGAUUGGAUUCUAAUAUAUUUUUUCUAGUCUAACACUUGCUUUUUUGGUAUUAUUCUGACUAUACACAAGUAUACAUGUGCAUUUUAUUAUUAGUGACAAUUAUUUUUAUCUAUUUCAUUUAUUUUUGGCUGUGGUUCCCAUUUGAAAGUAGACGUUGUGUACACAGUAUAUUGCUCUUCAUUUUGCUUACCACUUUUCUAUCUGAAUUCAUAUAAACUUAUUUUACACAAUUCUUGCCCUGUACAUAUGUAAACAUGCAGUGUACGAUUCUUAACUGUGGAGUAGAGGUACUAGAAUGCUAUGGCCAUCUCUUUGUACAAGAACUGUGUUGACUUUGAAUAACUUUGAAAGUUAUCAAAAUCUCCUUUACACUAUUAUGUACCAUACUAUCUUAAUUUUGAUUUCCAUAUAUUAUUUAUUUCUGACAAUUUUACCAGUCUUUGCUGUAUGAAGUAUCAAUUAAAUCAUGUAUAAUUGUUGUAUGAUUGGCAAUAUGUAUUUACUUUAAACUUGUAUUUUCGGAUCAUUACUCAUUUAGUUUAUAUUGUACAAUCUAGAUGGCCUCUUACUAAUGUAAAAUGAUUUGUAGUGGAAACAUUUAUAUUUUUAUAAUAAACAUAAUGAAAAUAUUUUUUACAGAUUAGUAUGCAGUAUGGUCUUUAAGGCUUUCAAAGCAUAAUGAUGAGUUUUUAUUAAAACAGCAAAAUAAUGAAAUAUAUAUAUAAUUAGGGAUGUGCUUCUGUUUCUUUUUCUUCAUUAGUUAAGGAGUCUUGUUAUGUAAUUCACAUUUUUUGUCAAAAUCUCAACAAUUAGGCAAAAAGUGAUAAAUAUUUUCUUUAUGAUUAAACAACACAACAGUUUUAAGCAAUUUUAAUUGAUUACUAGUGACAAAACAUAAAUAAUUUAGCUUAAGGUCAUAAGAAAAAAAUAGACACUGUGACUGAAAGUCUGAAAGUUUCUAGUUGGGAAGUCGAGCAUAGAUGAAAUUAGGAUAAAGUCUUUUCCAAUUGGUCUUAUUUUUCUCAUAACUGACUGGAUUUGCAGACUCUGUCUUUUACAACUUCCUGCUAGUUAAUUUAACCGUACAUGUAAUUCCUAUGAGAUGAUCAC